CCACCAUGACCCAUCAUCACCGGAGAGAGUCCUUCUCGGUAACUAUCUCCAACAUGGGAGGUGGUUCCGCGGUGGUUUGUCCUAAUACCGACCUUCUUUGGCCAUUUGGUAAGCUUGACGGGCUAGACCGGGAUGAUAUCCGUGAGACGGCUUAUGAGAUCUUCUUCACGGCUUGUCGUUCAUCACCUGGUUUUGGAGGCAGGACUGCUCUCACGUUCUACUCUACGCACAACAACAACAACAACGACCAUCAUGGAGAAGGAGGAGGAGGAACCGGCGGCUCACCUGGUGUUGGGUCUGGUUCUGGGUCUGGGUUUGGGUUUUCAGGGAGGAAAGAGGUGGUGACAACUCCUACAAGCCGUGUGAAACGGGCUUUAGGGUUAAAGAUGCUUAAACGGUCUCCUUCUAGGAGAAUGUCUACUAUAGGUGCUGUUGGAGGAGCCGGUGCAACUUCACUGUCCCCUGGUGGUGGCUCAGGACAUUUUAGCCCUGGAGCCGGAGCCGGAUUCUUGACGGUCCAGCCUUCUCGUCCUCGAAGGCCGUUAACUUCGGCGGAGAUCAUGAGGCAACAAAUGAGGGUUACAGAACAGAGUGAUAGUCGGCUUCGGAAAACCCUAUUGAGAACGCUUGUUGGUCAAACGGGUAGGCGAGCAGAGACGAUAAUCUUGCCGUUAGAGCUACUCCGACACUUGAAAACAUCAGAGUUUGGAGAUGGCAACGAGUACCAGCUCUGGCAAAGAAGACAACUCAAAGUCCUUGAAGCUGGUCUUCUUCUUCACCCAUCGAUUCCUCUAGACAGAACCAACAACUACGCUAUGCGUUUAAGGGAGAUCGUUAGACAAAGCGAGAACAAAUCCAUUGACACAAGCAAAAACUCAGAUACAAUGAGAACACUCUGCAAUGUUGUCGUGUCUUUGUCUUGGCGCAGCACUAAUGGGAACCCGACCGAUGUUUGCCAUUGGGCUGAUGGUUAUCCUCUCAACAUUCAUCUUUACGUAGCGUUGCUUCAGUCGAUAUUCGAUGUUAGAGACGAGACAUUGGUGCUUGAUGAGAUCGAUGAGCUUCUAGAGCUAAUGAAGAAGACUUGGUCAACACUAGGGAUCACAAGACCGGUACAUAAUCUAUGUUUCACUUGGGUUUUGUUUCAUCAAUACGUUGUGACUUCACAAAUGGAACCGGACUUGCUCGGUGCGUCCCAUGCUAUGCUCGCUGAAGUUGCUAAUGACGCUAAAAAACUUGACCGUGAGGCUCUCUAUGUGAAACUAUUGACCUCGACAUUGGCCUCUAUGCAAGGAUGGACCGAGAAAAGGUUGUUGAGCUACCAUGAUUACUUCCAAAGAGGAAAUGUGGGAUUGAUAGAGAAUCUUCUCCCAUUAGCGUUAUCAUCUUCAAGAAUCUUGGGAGAGGAUGUGACAAUUUCUCAAGGGAAAGGACAAGAAAAAGGCGAUGUUAAAUUGAUUGAUUAUUCAGGAGAUCGCGUCGAUUAUUACAUAAGAGCGUCUAUUAAGAACGCAUUUUCCAAGGUCAUAGAGAACACAAAAGCUAAGAUCGCAGCUACAGAGGAAGGAGAAGAAGCGGCUGCAACACUAUUGCAGCUAGCUAAAGAAACAGAGGACUUAGCGUUAAGAGAACGCGAGUGUUUCAGUCCAAUACUCAAGAGAUGGCAUUCAGUUGCUGCUGGUGUUGCCUCGGUGUCGCUUCACCAAUGCUAUGGUUCGAUCUUGAUGCAGUAUUUGGCAGGGAGAUCGUUUAUCUCUAGAGAUACUGUUGAGGUUCUGCAAACGGCAGGGAAGCUCGAGAAGGUUUUGGUGCAAAUGGUGGCUGAAGACUCGGAAGAAUUCGAUGACGGUGGAAAAGGGCUGGUUCGAGAGAUGGUUCCUUAUGAAGUUGACUCUAUUAUAUUAAAGCUUUUGAGACAAUGGAUCGAAGACAAGCUGAAGAAAGUUCAAGAGUGUUUGUUUAGAGCAAAAGAAACUGAAACAUGGAAUCCAAAAUCCAAAUCAGAACCUUAUGCACAAUCUGCUGGAGAAGUAAUGAAGCUAGCAAAGGAUAUAAUCGAUGAGUUUUUCGAAAUCCCCAUUGGUAUUACAGAGGAUUUAGUUCAUGAUCUUGCUGAAGGAUUGGAACAACUUUUUCAAGAAUACACUACCUUCGUUGCAUCUUGCGGAUCAAGACAAAGUUACAUUCCUACAUUACCUCCUCUUACAAGAUGCAACAGAGAUUCAAGAUUCGUUAAACUAUGGAAAAGAGCAACGGCUUGUACCGCUUCCGGAGAAGAAUACAGCCACAACGCACCCGCGAUUUCCGACGGCCACCAUCCGCGACCGUCAACAAGCCGCGGAACGCAGCGUCUUUACAUCCGUCUCAACACGUUACAUUUCCUAAGCUCUCAUAUCCAUUCACUGAACAAAACACUCUCUUUGAACCCGAGGGUUCUUCCCGCAACGCGAAAACGUUACCGCCACAGAAACAACAACUCCUCCUCUUACUUCGACUUCACCUACGCAGGAAUCGAAUCCGCUUGCCAACACGUCUCAGAAGUCGCGGCUUACAGACUGAUCUUCCUCGACUCGAACUCUGUUUUCUACGAGAGUCUUUACGUAGGAGAAGUCGCGAACGCGAGGAUCAGACCGGCUUUACGGAUCAUGAAACAGAACUUAACAUUAAUGUCAGCGAUUCUCGCGGACCGUGCUCAAGCGCUAGCGAUGAGGGAGGUUAUGAAGUCGUCUUUCGAAGCGUUCUUGAUGGUCUUGCUCGCUGGAGGCUAUGCCAGAGUGUUUUACAGGUCGGAUCAUAGUUUGAUCGAAGAAGAUUUCGAGAACUUGAAGAGGGUUUUUUGCACUUGUGGAGAAGGGUUGAUACCAGAGGAAAUUGUGGACAGAGAUGCAGAGACUGUGGAAGGAGUGAUUCAGCUAAUGAGUCAGCCUACGGAACAGCUUAUGGAAGAUUUUAGCAUCGUGACGUGUGAGACAAGCGGAAUGGGGAUGGUUGGAUCAGGACAGAAGCUACCGAUGCCUCCGACAACGGGAAGGUGGAACCGGUCGGAUCACACUAUCUUGAGGGUUCUUUGUCAUAGAAACGACCGUGUUGAUCAGUUUCUCAAGAAAUCGUUUCAAUUGCCUAAACGCAGGUGA